AUGUUGGCUGCUAUGGUAGCAGCGACACUCCUCAUAGACAAGAGCUUCGGUGCUGCUACCAAAACCAACCACAAACGGCUGAACAUUUCUACCACCGAUUCUCAUGGGAAUCUGUCUUGGCACCACCACGAAUCUCCCCCGGGUGAUUUUCCGGUGUGUACUGAUGUGAACGGAUCCUUCGCACCUUUUUGCCUCCCCAAGGAUGGAGCCGAUGUUCUGGUCGACGCGACAUACUAUGUGACCUGGAAUGCCGACUUCUAUCCUCUCAACGCCACGAUUACCAUUGAAUUGAGGUAUUCGAACUCGACGGCAGGAGACUCGGCGUUCACCUCGGAGAGAACGGAUAAUAGCUACGGCUACACCCCCGUGCACGUGCUCGAAGAAUGGCUGCAAGGCAAGUCGCAGAACGCAUUGACCCUCUAUAUCAUCGAGCUUGAUCUUGAAUCGGAUCGGCGAGCGAGCGUCCAACAGGGACCAACGGUCAUACUUCGGCGCAAGCCUGUUGAGCACUGGCAACCAUCGCCUCAAUUACCAUUCAACAGGAUAGCACUUUACGUUGGGCUCCCCGUGAGUCUCGCCGUGGUGGUCGCUGUGGUGCUAGGCCUCUUUUUCGGCAUGCGAAACCGGAGAAAGAUUGGCAUUGGGAACAUCAUGGGCUCUGGUGGAUAUGGGGUCGGAAAGUCCAGGGACCAACGCAUGGGGCAGAGCAAAGGCGAGUCCGAGAGUGACAGUCCGCCGCACUGGAAACAAUUUACGGAUGACGUAGACUCGGGACUGCCUGCUAUCAAUCAGUCAGCCGCGUUCGAUGAUCUGGAACGCACGGCAAGCUAUGCAUUCAAUCGGGAUCACUCCAAAUUCAAGAGCUGGAAGAAUUGA